AUGAGUACAAUACUUUUAUAUGAAGAUGGGCAUGGAAGGGUUGUUGAUGAGAAUGACGGCCCUGAGCCUAUGGGCUACAUUGUUGAUCAGAAUGAAUUUAUUGUUGAGAUAAUUGCUACACAUACUGAGUACUUGAAAACUACGGCCUCCAGUAAACCAUCUCUGACUUGCCCAAUGUCGAUAGAAAAGACAAAAGACAAAGAUAUCCGUAUGAAGGAAGCAAACACGAAACGAGACUAUGUGCGUUAUACUGUUCAGGAUAAAGCUAGGUUUUUUUAUCUGAAGAUCGAAAAGUGCAUGAGUGCGUCAGCUGCAGCGGAGUAG